AUUCACGUCGAGCAGACGACUUGCGUCCCGAGGAAAUCGAGAAAGCCUUCGAAACUUGGAAAGCAGCUAGAGGCUGCAAAAGGCAAAGCCAAAGCCAUUGCCCAUCGGGAACGAGAUUGGCAGGAUUAGCAGGAAGUGACGUCACAAAGAGGUCCUCGGUUCCUGGUGCUCCUCGGUGCCUCGGGCCUCGGUCAUCAGAUUUUUCUAUGACUGAUACAGAGGAAGUUGAAACUGUUCUACGGUCAGUGCUCUCAACUGUGCAAAAUGGAAUGCAGCUUCCCCAACUUGACAUGGAGUAUCAAGACAUGGUUGGUCACACAAUUCCCUUCAGGAGGUUAGGAUUCGGCUCACUGCAAGCAUACAUCAGAAGCAUUCCACAUGUAGUCCAAGUAAAAGUAAAUCGCAACGGACAGCUGACGGCUUCCGCAGUGAGCAAUGCUUCGACGGCGCAUAUCACCAAAAUGGUCUCUAAGCAGAAGCGAGGCCCACAGAAAAAAUAUCGUUACUCUCCCUAUGAAGUAUCACGAAAGUGGCAGACGUCGCCUCGGAGUGUGAAGCGUGAUGAAUGGAAGACACCAUACAGGCGAUAUCCUAGUGGACCAAAGCUGAACCAAGAAGUUGGUGAUGGUGAUGUAGACAGUGUGUGGCACAAUUUCCUCAGAGAAGCUGGCCUCAUGAACAGUUUUGUUGAAAAGUACUCGUCAUUGUUCUACAACCUGAACCUGACGCCCGAAGACUUAAGGGUCUGCACAGCAUUCGAUCUCGAGAAGCUGGGUGUCAAGGAAUAUUUGAACGUCGAUCUUAUCCUUGAUCAUGCUUUCCGACCAAACAGGGUGGAAAGUACGAGUGGCAACUUUCAGGUUUCAGGGUACAAACCUCACCUUCCAGAGAAAACUGUGUCGUGGAAAGUGGGAAGGCUACAAGUGACAAUCACCAACGACAUGUACUAUGGCCACUCUGCAGGUACUCUGCAGGAGGAUGAAAUGGACUAUUAGUCCUAUUAGUGCCUUUUUAGACUCAUCUGACCUAUGCAUGUUUCCUGAAGCCACAACACCUGCAAUCGUUGCAGGUACUUCAUUGGCAUGCCUCUGGUUUUGUAUUUACGUCGUGCCCAUGACUGUAAAGUCACUGAAGUUUUAGAAGAGAAACCUAUAUAAUAAAUAUGUUUGUGAAAA